AUGCACAACGAAGGCUUCCGCGUGCUUUUGCCGGCGACGCAUACGAAUGUGUUGAGCAGAGACUUGUACAAGUGGAAGAAAAAAGAACGUAAUCUGUUGAAAAAGAUUGCGAAAGGGAAGAAAAAAACAUGGAAAACAAGAGUACAACAAACAGUAAGUGGAUCCUCAAAUAUCGAUGAGCACAAAUUUCCUAAGAAACUUUAA